AUGAGAGUGUCGGCAGUUGCGGUAUUUCUGACCUUGACGGUCGCGGCGCAGAGCCAGGACACUCUGGGCUUGUCGAACGGCUACAGGAAGGUAUCGACUGCUAAUUUCGAUCUCAGUCUGGUGCAGGACGCUCAGAUUCUCGCUUCGCUGAGACCAAAGGGACAAGAUUUCGACUUUUCUCCGUCUGACUUUCUUCAGCACCGCGCAGGAAAUGAACAGUAUCAUGUCGGCGACGUUAACUUCCGAUUCACAGCCGCUGGAGACAGCAGCACAUGGGUCGAUGCCAGCUCUGCCUCAUCCCGUCAACCGGUUGAAGAUGUCCCUUUAACAUCGGCUCUCGCUGAAGCAGAUCUCACAGACACGCUCCCUGAUUCAUUCCCUCUCAAGGUCAUGCGCAAGUGGACGGAUGUGGACGGCGAUCUAGGGUUGAGCUUUACCGUGACGAACGCACAAAAUCACUCUAUCGAGCUGGGAAGUCUCGGGCUGCCAAUUGAAUUUAACAGUAUUUUCUACAACUAUACGGCGGAAGAAGCGCUGGAUACCUGCUCGCUUAUCGAUCCAUACAUUGGCCUGGGAGGAGGCUACGUGCAAGUGACUCCAACCAGGGGAACCGGGCCUGCGCUUGUGAUAACUCCUCUUGGUGAUACACCUUUCGAAGCGUGGAACUUCCUUAAAGAACCAACGAACGGAGCACUUCCAUAUCACAGUCAAGUCUUCGAGGGAUUCUAUGAGUGGCAGACUCUUAGCAAAGCCCACGCGGAGACCGAGUGGGCGGAUGUUGAGCCGUGGAACGAACCGACCUCCAAGAUCCUGGCGCCAGGGAGUAGUUGGACGGUUGGAUUGCGCAUAUCACUGGUAAAGGAGGGGGCCUGGUUCAACGAUUCGACAGAUCCAUUUGGUCGAUCCCCUUCGGUCAUCUCCUAUGACCGCAUUGCAGACACACAGGUCGACCAAGACCCCCGUGUUUGGAUAGCCGGGCUCAUGGAUGAAGGCGGAUCUGGUGCAUGGCUGGCAACAUUGAUGAAGCAAUCCAUCCAACCUGAGCCCGAAGAAAUCAGCAAGCUCGAGCAAUUCAUCGAAGAUACCCUAUGGAGCGAUAUCCAGGUGCGGGACGACCAGACGGGGCCUACCAAUACCAGCGCAGACAUCUACGGCGUGCGCAAAAGUGUCUUUUUCUACGAGCCCAGCUAUGCCCCCAGGUAUGACUACGACUCGUCCAUCGACUGGCGCAACUGGUGGAGCUGGAACCGCGCCGAUUCGUACUCUAUCGACGGCCGGGCGUACAACUACGUCCACGUCACAGCCGCAUACUGGGCUAUGUAUCGAGUGGCUAGGGCAUAUCCCGACCUCGUCUCCUUACAUGACUGGGAAUGGUUCCUGAACCAGGCGUACGAAACAGUGAUGCGGUGCUAUGUACAAGACGAGUCAGGUUAUUACUAUGUGGGGUACGCGUUGGUGGGCUUGAUGGGCGAAACGGUCUGGGGGGAGUUGCUGAACGACCUGAAACGUGAGGACCAGACUGAGAAAGCCGCGAGGCUGGAAACUGUCAUGCAAGAUCGGGUUGACUAUUGGACCAGUCUCCCUGCGCCAUUUGGUAGCGAACAGGCCUGGGACUCGACCGGACAGGAAGGAGUCUAUUACUGGACGAGAUACUUCGGCGACGAGGGACUCGUUAACAAGACGAUCAAUAGCAUCCUUGGGUACAUGCCCACCGUGGCACACUGGGGCUGGAAUGGAAACGCUCGUCGCUACUGGGAUAACAUUUAUGGGGGAAAGCUGCAACGCUUUGAGCGCCAGAUCCACCACUACGGCUCCGGUCUCAACGCCCUGCCCUUGCUGUCCCAUUUCCGCGACAAUCCUCAGGAUACGUAUCUUCUUCACGUAGGCUACGGCGGGAUGAACGGUCCGCUCUCUAACAUCGACAUUGACGGGUUCGCCUCUGCCUCGUUCCACUCUUGGCCGGAUACGCUGGCGUGGGAUGGGUACAGUGGCGACUAUGGUCCCAACUUCCUGGGCCUCGCACUCGGCUCGGCAGUGUACCUGGUUGAGGACAUGAAACUGGGCUUAGUUGCCUACGGAGGUAAUUUCAACAGAACGUCUGGAAGUACUGCCGUUGUCGCAACUCGGGAUGCAGCGAAGCACCGUAUCUUCAUUGGCCCGAUUUCGGUCUACAUCACCAUUGAUGCGGGUGCGAUCGAAAAGUUUGAGUACAACACUGAACAGCGUACUGUCUCCUUGACAAUUGCCACUAAGUCUAGUUCGGCUCCUGCGACUUCAGCGGACGCUGAGGCGGUUGUUAUCUGGAUAGACAAUUUAAGCGGCUUAGGAGGCUAUGAGCUUGUCGGCGAGUAUACGCACGAGCGCGGAGGAACGAAGGUGUCAUUCGGCAAGCAGAGCGAGGUCACAGUCGUGGUUAGGCCUGGAUGA